CACAAAACCAAAUACAAAACAAUCACGCGUAUGCAACACAUCGAAAUUCCAUAAGUACUAAAAUGUCAUUGUAAACUUGUCUCGAUCUAAAGUGCGCUACUGUUUAUGGUGGACACGCAAACGUGUUUCCAUGGACUAGAUUGCUCGACCCUCAAUUGACUAACAACACAGAGUGCAUAUCUUAAACGCUAAAGCACAUACUUUUAGCCAUUUAAGGACGUCUUUAUAUAUCUAAUCCCCCAAAACUGGAUUGAAUUCUCUUCGUGGUAAUGGUAUCCAGCGACUUCGAAAACAUUCAACACAGUCAUACCCACAAAAACCUUUAAAGUCGCCCAAUUCGCUUUGACUGGAAAACCCAUCAAUGGCAGCGGCUAAGGAUCUCAAAACCCCUUUACUUCCGUCCUCCGACGACUACGGCCGCCUGUCACAGCCACCAUCAGAUGCCGAUCAUCAACUUCAUAACCCUCAACUCAUCCUAGACGUCAUCGAUCAUUUGGAUCCUUCCGCAUCUUCAAAUCAUGAAACACCGACAAACGAAUGUUCAAUUUCUAUCAAUACCCAAUUGGAUUUUGAUGAAAACCCAUAUGGGUUUAUUGGGUCAACCGGGUUUGAAGUUCCCGGGUCGACCACGGUGGAUCCGUUUAGGAACCAUACACCCAAGAUUGAAGGGGUUUAUGAGUGGGUUAAGUUGUUGAUCUGUGCGCCGAUUGCAUUAGCUCGACUUGUAUUGUUCGCAUUUUGUUUGGCGAUCGGGUAUCUCGCUACAAAAUUUGCAUUAAGUGGCUGGAAAGAUAAACAAAAUCCAAUGCCCAAAUGGAGGUGUAGGGUUAUGUGGAUCACCCGAUUGUGUACUAGGGGGAUUCUGUUUUCAUUUGGAUACCAUUGGAUACAGCGAAAGGGGAAACCAGCUCCAAGGGAAAUUGCUCCUAUCAUUGUAUCUAAUCACGUAUCUUACAUUGAUCCAAUCUUCUUCUUCUAUGAAUUAUUCCCAACAAUUGUUGCAUCUGAAUCCCACGAUUCCAUGCCCUUUGUUGGUACCAUUAUUAGAGCUAUGCAGGUGAUAUACGUAGAUCGUUUUUCACAACAAUCACGGAAGCAUGCAGUAAACGAGAUAAAGAGAAAAGCCUCCAGCGACAGAUUUCCUCGGCUACUUUUAUUUCCUGAGGGAACCACAACAAAUGGAAGGCUGCUUAUUUCAUUUCAACAUGGCGCAUUUAUACCUGGUUAUCCUAUUCAACCAGUUGUUGUUCGUUAUCCUCAUGUACAUUUUGAUCAAUCAUGGGGUCAUAUUUCAUUGGCGACACUCAUGUUUAGAAUGUUCACACAAUUUCAUAAUUUUAUGGAGGUUGAAUAUCUUCCCAUUGUUUCACCCUCGGAACAUCAUAAGGAAAGUGCUGUUCGUUUUGCUGAAAAAACAGGUAGAGCCAUGGCUCGUUCUCUCAAUGUUGUGCAAACAUCACAUUCGUUUCUUGAUUACUUGCUUCUUUCAAAGGCAGCUGAUUCUGGACAUGAAAAUCCAUCUCUCUUUGUGGUUGAAAUGGCAAAGAUUCAACAAUUAUUUCAUUUGAGCUCUUCAGAUGCUCUAGACUUGUUGGAUAGAUUUCUUGCUAUGAAUCCUGAUUCCAGUGGAAACGUCAAAAUUCAAGAUUUUUUAAGGGUUUUAAGAUUAAAGCGUUGUGGUCUCUCAGAAAAGAUGUUUGAGUUCAUUGAUGUGGGCAGGAAUGGGAAAAUCAUCUUUAAAGAGUUCUUGGUAGCAUCAGCUCAUGUACUCAACCAGCCAUUGUUCCAGCAAGCUUGUGAAAUGGCCUUCACUGAAAGUGACAUUAAUCAAGAUCAUUACAUUUCUGAGCAAGAAUUUGGUGCUUCAUUGAUGCCAGCCAUGGGAAGUUUGAGUACGGAUGAGAUAGAUGGGGUGUUCAAUCUAUUUGAUGAAGAUGAUGAUGGUCGGAUCAGCAAGGGCGAUUUUGUAAAUUGCUUAAGAAAGAACCCAUUGCUCAUAGCACUUUUUUCUCCCCAUUUCAUGCAUAAAGACUUGGAUCAAAAUGCAGCAGCUGUUGAAGUAAUGAGCCUUCAUAAAGUGAUCGACAUUAAAGAACCAUGUGAAAAAAAAAGCAUCAAUCUCAUGCAUAUGUGUGUUUAA